CAGGAGGCCUGAGAGAGAAAGCGUGUUUUCCCUUUUUGACUGUCUGGGACUCAAACCAGAAGGAUGUGAGGAGGGUGUUGUCCCGCCCACUUCACCAUCAGUAAUACCAAUUGGUUUCUUUGUCCGCCAGUCACCUGAAGUCACAAGUCACAAAGGUGUUGUUCGAACGUCGUUGACAGGUAUGAUAAUGUCGCCAACAAGGGGACCAUGGCGACCGACAGCGGGCGACAGUUUCGUUUGUUCCGUGUGUAAAUUUUAGGGUUAAACGUGAUGAAAGGCUGCUUGGUUUUGAGCAUAACGUCACCCUCGAUAGCAAGCUACAUCGGACGGGACAAGACUGAAGCCAAUGAAUGUAGCCUAGCAGCCUGCUAGCCCUACGGAGAAAGGUGGCCAUUGUUUGAGUUGUUGGCUAACAUGGCAACGAAAGCUAAUGUUAGCAGCUUUGGCUAGACGGGCUUCGCUGCAGUAUUACUGCAGGGGAUACAGCUGUGGUCAUCCUGCAUGAUGUGUGACGGUCGUGAAGCCAGUGAGAAGUGCCUGUCCCUCUCUCCCUCAUCUUGGGCCAGCCCCCCAUUUUAACCAUCUCUCCCUGAAGUCUCUCUUACCACCUGCCCAGAUGACUGACAGGAAGGAACCGCCCUUCUUUAAUGACGACAGUGUGGGAGCCUUUCACUAUAAGCUCCCUUUUUAUGACACUAUGGAGCUCUUCAUAGAGACCCUGACAGGGACUUGUUUUGAGUUGCGUGUGUUGCCCUUUGAGGCUGUCAUUUCAGUCAAGGCAAAGAUCCAGAGGCUGGAAGGUAUCCCCGUUGCCCAGCAACACCUUAUCUGGAACAAUCUGGAGCUGGAUGAUGAACAUUGUCUGCAUGACUACGGCAUUGCAGAGGGCUGCACUUUGAAGCUGGUCCUAGCGAUGAGAGGAGGCCCUAUUAACACCAGAAAAGUAACCAUGGAGGAUCCUAUCAAAGAGGUGGCUGACCUGAUGGAGAGCACCAAGGAGGAGGGAUGGGAGAAAAGCCUUUCCAACAAGCAGGUCACAUUUGUGGUCUAUCGUGAGGGGGACCAGCUAAACUUCUUCAGGGUGGUUGACAGGGGAGAUGGCACCCUGACCCCGCUGUCUGAAUCUAUGAGUGGUGGUUCGGUGUAUAAUGUGUGUGCAGAGGAGGAGGAGGAUGGAGAGAGUUGUGCAGCUGCACAGCAGAGCCUUGAGAACUCCAUCACCAUGAACAAAAUGAAGCUACUCAAAGCCAAGAUGGAGGACAUGAACCUCAACAAGAAGCCGAAGAAGUCUGCAAAGAUAAAACCACGGCCCCCCUUCAGCCCACAUCCCUUCGGUGGCUCUGUAGGACCUUCCAGCACACGACACCAUCAUCGCCUGUAUCGUUCUCUCCCACACAUCAACCAGCCUCAGCAGUCAAAUGCACAACUACCUCCAAUCCCAGACCAUAAACCCAUAGAUGCCACCUUGCCCCCCACUGCUGCAGCGACUGCCCACUUGUCCAUCCCUAGACGACCCCCUCCCUCGUUCUCCUCACCCUCUUGUUAUAUGCUUCAAGAGGAGGAGUCAUGGGAGACAUGCCCGCCAUUUGCAAAGAUCCGACCCCCUCCAAAAGUGUCCCGCUUAGACAUUGGCAGCACCAGGUUGAUGAGGGACUGUGUGUACCCCCAACUCCCUCCACUGUGUAUCAGGGGUCCUCCUGAAGCCACCUUCGACCCAGCUGAUCCUGCAGCGGAGGCAGUCGGGCUUGGUUUAUUAGAGGAAGCUGCUGGGCUGGUGGUGCCAUCACAGCCUGGAGCUCCAUUUGGGGAACUGUCAGAUCCUCUGAGUCUGGACGUGUCCACCCAGCCAGAGGGAGGUCUUCAGUCCCUUGAGGUUGGGGCUCAGCACCAGAUGCCGCUCUCCCCUUCCCCACUCAGCACCUGGACACUUGGGACAAGUGACACUCUCACAAGCAGAGCUGAUAGAACUCUGCUUGGCACAUCAUUUCAUAUCACCCCGCCCUCUCCAUUACCCGCGUCCGCCUCACCAUCCACUUCUACCAGCUGUUUACAGCCCAACCUCCAAGCACAAUUCUCUGCACAAGUGAAGCCAGGCAACACAUCCCCUCACCCCUCAACCACCUCAACAACUCAUCCACCCCGCUUUCGUGGUGUUAAAGUGGAGUCACCUGGCAAGAGGCCAGAGCUUAUCUCCAAGAGGGAAGCAAGAAGCAUCACUAAGAUGGCCAACCAGGCCUGUAAAGAGCCCCUGGGAUCCCUGAACAACUCUGAACUCUUGGCUUCUCUUUCUGCAAGGGCUCCAGACAGCAGCAACAACAAGGAUAGCUUUGAAGAGAGUCUGGGACUUCCACUGGCGUUGCCUCCUGCCACAGCUUCAGGGCAGGGCAGACUUGGCUCCAGGCUGCCAUCCAUCCCAACUAGCAGGCUCCUUCAGGAUGAUGCUAUAAGACAAAUGUCACCAUUGCACCGUGCAGCAGCCUCUUCCAUGGCCACCAACAAUCUUGCAUCAGCUGGGGGAGUCAUGGCCUCAUUUGAGAGAAUAGGCACUCCAACAUACCACCUACCUCCAGUCAAGGCUCCCGCAGGAAACAAGAAAAAGAGCUCAAAGCACUGCUUCCUCUGUGGCAAGAAGACUGGCCUGGCCACCAGCUAUGAGUGCAGGUGUGGUCACAACUUCUGCGCCACCCACCGCUAUGCUGAGACGCAUGACUGCACCUACGACUACAAGAGUGCCGGUCGGCGAUUUCUGCAGGAGACCAACCCUCUUAUCAGUGCUCCCAAACUGCCUAAGAUCUAGACCCUAUAACCCUCACCUCUAAUAAGGGAUGACCUGAAGAACUACAGAUUAUAGCGACUGGACGGUAGAGAUUCUACAAAGUCAUUUCUAGCAGAAAGAAAGAACUUUAUCACCACUGUGUGCUUUUUUUUUCCUCAGCCAGGUUUGCUUAAAAUUUAUAUAAAAUCUGUAAAGCCAAUUGUGAACAAAAUGAGAGUAGUAUGAAAUGGCACAGGACUACUUAUCACCUCUUGACAAUGUGAAGAUGUUUUUCCUUCUUAUGUUACCUUGUUCCUUUUCCAUUGGUAAAGAAAGAAAACAAACAAAAAAAAAACCUGUGCAUGUAUGUAGGUAGCUUUGGCUAAAUUUAUGUGCUGCACGUUCACACAUAUCUAUUUUUAGUUUUGUGAGCAUUUAUUUUUUAAAUAGGACCGCUGAUGACUUUUCAUUCGACAAGUCUUUGACAGAUGCACUUUAGAACUAUCAUAUUUAUACAUUUGACUUUCCUUACUGUGGGGGAGGGGGGAUACUUAACUUUCUGUGUUUGUCUUAUGAAGUGUUUAUGUUGUCAUCCAGAUUUUUAUAUACUGCACCUCUAAACGGCUUUCUUACAUGGGCACAUACAUACUCACAUCACUAAUGAGAUAUUUCUUGAAAGAGAACAGCACACCCACCUAUUGACGAAAUGCUUCAUAUUUAUUAAUGAAUAUUACUUAUUUAAAUUCAAGGUUGGUUUUGAAAUAGCAAGUAUGCAGUGUGUGUUGGUGUGAAUGUCAUUUGUAAUGUGUAAUUCUAUCAAGUGAAGUGUAUUAGGAUUGGACGAUGUGGUUAUGGUAUUUAUGAUGUGUCUGUAAGUAAGGUGGUUGCCAUAAAAAAAUCUUUUGUAAGUCUUUUUUUAUUGCUCAGCUGUUGCAAAAAAAAACUUAAAAUCCUGUUAUUAUAUCUACAGGGGUUUGAUCUAAUAAAGUUUCUUUCCUUACA